GAUUGAAUUUUUUUGUGUGCCAUCGGUGUGGUAAUUUAAUUAAAUUGAGAGGAUGAGUGCACGAGAGGCUGUGGGUGUACGAGAUAGCAUUUAUGCUGGAUUCUUUUCCGAGUCGCCAAAGGUGUUUGACUACGACGGGAAUGGGGAUGAUGUGGCUACACCACUUUCCACGGGAAUGCCAUUGCGAACGGGUCAAUUGGGAAAUCGAACUCCAUUUUCACGGAUGGGUACCACAGCUCAGUUGGCUAAAGCGAGACCCUCGACGGCUGUACGGGGUGUGGGGUACACCUCAGAUGCCUCUCGAACAUUUGAGCAUCAGGCACAGCAUAAGAAAUCAGUGGUUGUCGAUGCAAAGAAACACCAAUCGCCCGAAGAAAAGUACCGGGGGUUGGAGAAGAAGAUCCAAGAUCUGCUGGAACAGUCUAUUUUACUAAGCACAGGACCCAAAGCGGAUCUACGGGGUGCUCUGAAUAAGGCCAAGGAGGCAUCCUCAUUGGACCGUAAACUCCUGCAAAUGCGAGACCAAAGCAAUGGCAAUUAUGUCCACAAUUUCGAUUUAACCUUCUCCGUGCUGUUCAAUCUGGCGAAUAUCUAUGCUCUCAAUGAUAUGCACGUAGAAGCACUAAAUACAUACAAUCUUGUUACGAAGAAUAAAAUGUUCUCAAAUGCCAAUCGGCUGAAAAUUAACAUGGGGAAUAUCUAUGUGAAAUUGGGUAUGUUCCCAAAGGCGAUUAAAAUGUACCGAAUGGCAUUGGAUCAGGUUCCAAUUAAUCAGAAAGAGCUUCGGCUACGUGUCACUCACAAUAUUGGGAUACUAUUUGUGCGGAUGGGCCAGUAUUCGGAUGCAGCAACUAGUUUUGAAUUUAUAAUGUCAGAGAAGGGUGAUGUUAGGGCAGGGAUGCACUUGGUACUAUGCUACUAUGCCCUUGGCGACGUUGACAAAAUGAAGCGAGCAUUCCAAUUACUACUCGACGUCAGUACUGAAUUCGAUGAGGAUGAGAAGCUCAACGCUACAUCCCCUAAUGCAACACAAGAGUACAUUUUCGAGACAAUACGUUCGGAUGAGCUUCAACUGUGGGAGCAAAAGCAGCAACAAUUCACGAGAAAAGCUAUCCUAAUGACCGCAAAUCUUAUCGCGCCAGCGAUUGAAGAUUCAUUCGAUGAUGGGUACAAUUGGUGUGUGGAGGCCAUUAAGAAUUCCAAGCAUCAAUCAUUAGCGUCUGAGUUGGAUUUGAAUCGGGCGAUAAUGUUCCUCAAGCAGGAUGAUCCUACACAGGCAAUUGACUCGCUCCAGUACUUUGAGAAGCGUGAAACCAACGUUGCUAUCAAUGCCUCCAUUAAUUUAACAUUCAUCUAUCUUUUGAUGAACAACUUACAAAUGGCUUCUAACUAUGCUGAAUCAAUGCGUCGUUUGGAUUCCUACAAUCCAGCUACAUUGAUCAAUAAUGGUGUGUAUGAAAUGAUACGCGGCGACUAUGAAACAGCCAAGAGUAUGUUUGAAGCAGCAGUAGAAAUUGAUGCUACCUCUUUUGAAGCACUCUACAACCUAGGUCUCGUUAAUAAAAGACUCAAUGAUUUUGAUGCAGCUCUCGGAUACUUUCGAAAGCUUAGUUCUAUCAGUGUACACGAAGUUCAUCCACAGGUUCUCUAUCAAAUGGGGAAUCUAUACGAAUUGGUUAAUGAUACGGGUGCUGCAUUGGAACUGUACUUACAAAUGCUCGGUUCGCAGUUUCUUGAUGAUGAAAUUCUCAGGAAGAUUGGCCUGAUCUACGAACAGGAAGCAGAUCAGCAAUUGGCUUUUCACUAUCACUUGGAAUCAUACCGUGUUAAUCCGGUUAAUAUGAACACUAUCAAUUGGAUUGGAACUCAUUACAUCAGAUUACAGGUGGCAGAGCGAGCAAUCCCGUACUAUGAGCGUGCUAUAAUGAACAAUCCCAAUAACACGUUCUACAUGAUAAGGACAGCUGGGUGCUGUAUGAAGAUUGGGCACCAUAAGAAGGCUCUGCGCUUCUUCCAGGAUAUCUAUCGACGUUUUCCGGACAAUGCUGACUGUCUCAGAGCCCUCAUCCGGAUAACCCACAACAGUCAUCCGCAACUUCAUGAAAAGUACAAAUUGGAACUGCAGCGACUCACAAAGACCAAGGAUACAAGGAAGAGAAUUGGGAGCAGUGUGUCAUCGCUCAAUAUGACCAUUGGGAGACGAACAACAUCAGCAAUCACACAGGAUGGUGAUAAUUCAGCAUCGUCCGUGAACUUUGGUGAUUUUGCCGAGGAGCACGUGGGAAGGGUAUCAGAUGGUCCCAGUGAGUACUACACAGACCCACUGGGACCAAUGGCAGCGAGACCACGUACAGGAAUGAGACCGAAAACGGGUACAUUUGACAAUGAAGAUACUGACGAUGACAUUAAUCCCGAUGAGAUGUUACCCCAGUAGAUCCUAAUUGGACACUUUUGUAUUAUAUAUUUUUUUCUUUUGAUGUGCAACACUCGUACCAGCAGAAUGUAACUGGCAAAAGAGGGAAUAAAAGGUUUCCCACACCACUGA